AUGCCUCCAAGAGUUAGAGGAAGAGGCAAGGGCCCCAUACGCGGGGGACCAUCAACAGCAGGACCAUCUCACAGACGCACUCCAUCGGCGUCCUUUUCUACCUCUGACUCUCAAGAUCUGUGGGGUCAACCCUUUAAGCCAGCAAGACAUUCUGUCUCGCUAAGCUCUUCACCUUCCUUCCACCCGUCUUUUGGGCCGCUACUUCCAGACGAGCCCCAACACUCACACCACUCUCAUCAAUCCCAUCAUUCUCUCGAGUCUUACCAAUCGCACCAUUCAUUGCACUCCCAUUCGUUCCACCAUUCAGAUUCUGUCUAUUCCCCGGGGCAGUUCAACCCGAAUGAUUUUGUUAACGAUUUUCUUGGCUAUAACCCUUUGGGCCCUGAGGACCAUUUUUCUCAGGAGAUGGAAAUGGACGAUGAUCCAGAUUCGGAGAUGCAGACCGGAACGCCGGGCCACCCAAUAAGCAUAUCAAGUGGAUCUCCAUUUCAGGGAUCACCUAACCAUGGGCCCGACUCGUUUCAAGAGAAAAUGGCCACAUAUGAUUGGUUCUUUACCCCAUCAUACCAUAACUCUCCAGCCCAACCUCCCUUGGAUGAGCCCCAGCUUCAGGAAGUUUCACCUCCACCACUUCCUGUUGAGGAGCCACCUCAGCAGCCACCACAGCCACCUCCCGAGCCUCCAAGGCAAUGGAGGAAUGCACGCAUGUCAGUGCGAGGAGGACCUCGUUUUAGUUCUCCUCGAGGUUCGAGUUCCUACCCUCCUAUUCCAGAGGACCCCCAAAUGGGUGGGCCCUCGAACGCGGCACAGGAGAUUGAUCCUCCGCCAGCUUCAUUUGCACCACCUCAGCCGCCCAUGGGUUUUGACAACCCUAUCCCGACUUACCCAAGUUCUUCUGGGUAUAAUAUUUUUGAAAACACAUCGGGAUAUCCAUCAGACUAUGGGAACCAGGAUCCCUACCUCACCGCUGCUCAAUACCAUCAUCUUUCCCCUUCUUCUUACCCUCCAGUUUAUCCAACUGGAUACCCGGUACAGGAUUAUCAAUAUCCUCCAUACCAGCAACCUCCUCCUCCUCCUCCCCAGCAGCUACAACAGCAGCAGCAAACUCAGGAAAUCCUGGAGAGGUUAGAUAGGGUUGAACAGAAAGCUAAAAAGAACAAGGAGAAGCAUAAUAGCUUCAUGAAGGGCCUUGCAAACCUUAUCAAAGGAAAGAAGAAGUAG